AUGGUCUCGUCAUCGUCGUUUCUCCGGCGACCGACCGAGGCGCCGUGGAGUACUUUUAAAUUCUCCAAGGUCAUCGGUGAAGGCCGGUUCGGUACGGUGUGGCUGUGCGAAGAUUGGCGAACCGGCGAGCAGUACGCGUGUAAAAAGGUUCUUAAAGCGUCACUCAAGGACUCGCUCCUGCAUCAGCACUUUUUACGGCAGGAGGUCGCGCUUCUGGAUUUUAUGGCAGGAAAGCAUCCCAAUAUUGUUGAGCUUAAGUUCGUCUUUGAAGACGACGAAGCCAUUUAUCUCAUGAUGGAGUAUUGUGACGUCGGAGAUCUCUUUUCUUACGUCACCAGCAAUGGAGUCUGCACCGUUCCCGAGGCUCGCAGCAGCAGCUGCAGCAGCAGCAGCGGCAUCGGCGGUUUAGGUUCCAUAAAAUCCAGGGGUAAGGCUUCCGGUGGCGAAAACUCGAGCAGCAGCAGCAACAGCAAGCAACGUUCUGGUUUGUCCUGGGGAUUACCGGAGAAUAAAGCUGUCCUGAUUUUCCGCCAGUUGGCUCACGCCGUUCUCUAUUGUCACCGGAACGGGGUGGUGCAUCGCGAUAUUAAGCUCGAAAACGUUCUCCUCUCCAACCCUCUCAACUCCUCCGUUCCUCAGUACUACUAUUCCACGUCCUUACCUUCACCUUCGUUACCGAAGCAUCCUGGUACCGCUUCAGACGUCCGCGUUGUCGCGAAACUAGCUGAUUUCGGCCUCGCGGUUCGUCUGGCUCCGGGGGAGAAAACCGUCGGAACUGCCGGCAGCCGGCCUUACGAAGCUCCCGAGGUGAUUCUCGGCCAGGAAUACGACAUGAAAGCUGACGUAUGGUCGCUUGGCGUGUUACUCUUUGGAAUGCUCUCCUGCUCCAUGCCGUUUCAAGGCAGCGGUGAGCGGCAACUGACUCGCCAGAUCAUUCGCGGAAACGUGGAUAUGUCGCGCGGAGCCUGGUCCGCGGUAUCGGCGGAAGCAAAAGAUCUGAUUCGCGCGAUGCUGUUCGUGAAUCCCGACGAGCGGAUUUCCAUGGCGGAGGUUGUCACGCAUCCGUGGAUUAAGGCUGCUUCCAGGCGAAGGCCUGUGGUUACCACAUCGUUAACCGAGCUUGAUUUCGCUAAUGUUACUUCCGGAGCAGUUUCGCCUGCGUUUCAUGGCUCGUUGACGCCGACAACGCCCUUGUUUUCCAUGAAGAGUCCGUUUGGCCGUCGUAGGAAGGUCUCGAGCACAAGCGACCUUCCGUCGCUGUAUCCGUGCAGUAAAGUCGAGGGCGAUGCGGACGGAAGGGACCACAAGAUCGAUGAGGAAGAUAGGAAUAAUAAUCAGGGGCUCGAUGCGCCGGGAGCGGACGAGCGCAGUGCUGGAUUAUUUGUUAAGAUCGCUAAUCAGGAAGAUUCUGAUGCUGCUUCACGCAACACACAAUCAAGCAAUCGAGAAAAGGAGAACUCCCUCCCUCCCCUUCACCCAAAGACUCCGCAAGGAUGUGCAGCUGAUGCGGCCUUGGGACUGUUGGUUGUGCUGCCGGAUGAAAUGGCAGGAGGGGUUGAGACGCACGGUUGCAAGGGGGGGUCUUCCAUGUGGGAUUCAUUUCUUCCUGCUCUGUCGCCAUCUCGUAGAAAAUGGAGAAAGAGCUUUUAG